CAAGGUUCACCAGUUUCUUCUCCGAAGGAGUAAAGUCUAUUUCACUCCUGUCUGGUGGUGAACUGAACGCGGCGGAGUAAAGACGAACAGACCUUAAAGGGGCAUUAAGAAUGGCGCCGAAGAUCACCACGGAGCUGCUGCGCCAGCUGCGCCAGACCAUGAAGGCCUCUAGGGGCGCCACCGAGCCGGUCCAGGCCUACAUCGUGCCGUCAGGGGACGCACAUCAGAGUGAAUACAUCGCCCCUUGUGACUGCAGACGGGCAUUUAUCUCGGGGUUCGAUGGGUCGGCAGGCACAGCGAUAGUCACGGAGCAGAGCGCGGCGAUGUGGACGGACGGACGCUACUUCCUGCAAGCGGCGCAGCAGAUGGACAGUAACUGGACGCUCAUGAAGAUGGGUCUGAAGGACACCCCGACGCAGGAGGACUGGCUGAUCAGCGCGCUGCCCGAGGCCUCCCGGGUCGCGGUCGACCCAUUUAUCAUCCAAACAGAUCAGUGGAAGAGCAUGUCCCUGGCUCUGAAGAACGCCGGGCACCUCCUGGUGCCCGUCCAAGAAAACCUCAUAGAUGCCAUAUGGACGGAGCGCCCAGAGAGACCCUGUCAGCCGCUGAUAACGCUGGGGCUCAACUACACAGGGAUUUCAUGGCAGGAUAAGAUUCUGGCGCUCCGGGCUAAGAUGGUGGAGAGGAAAGCCUUGUGGAUCGUCCUGACUGCGCUGGACGAGGUUGCGUGGCUGUUUAAUCUCCGAGGCUCAGAUGUGGAAUAUAAUCCGGUCUUCUUUGCUUACGCCAUAGUCGGGGCAGAUACGAUCAGGUUGUUCAUUAACGGCGAGCGGCUUGCGGACCCGGCUGUCAGACAUCACCUCCUCCUGGACUCCUCUCCUCCCGCUGAGUUCAGAGUCCAGCUGGAGCCGUACGAGUCGGCGCUGAGCGCUCUGCAGGGUAUAUGUGCCGCGCUGCCCGCCAAGGAGAAGGUGUGGAUCAGCGACAAGGCCAGCUACGCCCUGUCGGAGACCAUUCCCAAGACUCAGAGGUACCUGUCUCCAUACACACCUGUAUGUCUCUCCAAGGCCGUGAAAAACGCUAGAGAGGUAGAAGGCAUGAGGAGAGCGCACGUGAAAGAUGCCGUUGCUCUGUGUGAGUUUUUCAACUGGCUGGAAAAAGAGAUCCAGAAGGACACUGUAACAGAAAUAUCGGCUUCCGAUAAAGCAGAGGAAUUCCGCAGCCAACAAGAAGAAUUUGUUUCCUUAAGUUUUGCGACGAUCUCAAGCUCAGGACCCAACGCCGCCAUCAUUCACUACAAGCCGGUUCUCGAGACAAAUCGGAAGUUGAGCAUCGGUGAGAUUUUCCUCUUGGACUCUGGAGCUCAGUACAAGGACGGGACGACAGAUGUCACUAGAACCGCGCACUUUGGAACGCCGACGGACUACGAGAAGGAGUGUUUCACAUAUGUACUGAAAGGACACAUCGCCGUCAGCGCCGCUGUAUUUCCCAAUGGGAUUAAAGGACACCUCUUGGACUCUUUUGCCCGCGCUGCUUUAUGGGAAUCUGGUCUGGAUUAUCUGCAUGGAACCGGCCAUGGAGUGGGCUCCUUCCUGAACGUCCACGAAGGCCCCUGCGGCAUCAGCUACAAAACGUUUGCGGAUGAGCCCUUGGAAGCCGGGAUGAUCCUGUCUGAUGAGCCGGGAUACUAUGAAGAUGGAUCGUUUGGGAUCAGAAUUGAGAAUUUGGUUCUUGUGGUUCCUGCCACUACCAAGUACAACUUCCGGGAUCGGGGAAGCCUGACCUUCGAGCCGAUCACACUGGUGCCGAUCCAGACCAAGAUGAUCAACGUCGACCUGCUGACUCAGAAGGAGGUCAACUGGGUUAACGACUACCACAAAAAGUGCAGAGACGUCAUUGGAGCCGAGUUAGAGAAGCAAGGACGUCAUGACGCCCUCCAGUGGCUGAUAAAAGAAACACAGCCUAUCUGCAAAUCUAAUUAAUAUUUUUUUGCACUGUCCCUUUUUAACCCUUACAUUGACAGUUUUGGGAUUUGAUCUGAGACAGGUAACGGACAAAUCUUUAUUACAGUUUCAUACUAAAUGUUUCCUUGGCUUUCUGAGCUCAGGGGAGAGGACGGAGCACUCAAGUGAGCCGGCGGUUACUCAGUGUAUUACUAUGGCAAGGAUAAUUAAAGGAAAAUUAAUGGUG